CCCCGGCCCUGGCCCUGACCCGGCCGGGGCCGUUGCGGGGCAGGCGGGCGGGGCGGCGGUUGCGCGUCCCGGCGGUUGCGCGUCCCGGCGCGGCCCCGCUCCGGAAGAGGGAAGAAGCGGGGCGGUGGCAGCGGGAUGGCAGCACGGAGCUCCGCCGGGGACGCCGCGCUCCGCCGUGCGGCCGAACAGUGGCUGCUCUGGGAUAAGAAUCCAAAAACUUCUGCAAUAGUGAAGCAACUGGUUGCUGAAGGAAAUGCCGCAGAACUGCAGAAGUACUUUGGCUCACGGAUGGAGUUUGGCACAGCGGGGCUCCGCGCGGCCAUGGGCGCAGGGAUUUCCCACAUGAAUGACUUGACCAUUAUCCAGACAACCCAGGGAUUUUGCAGGUACCUUGAGAAGAAUUUCAGUGACCUGAAAAAGAGAGGAGUCGUGAUUGGGUUCGAUGCUCGUGCCCAUCUUUCAAGUGGAGGUAGUAGCAAAAGGUUUGCAAGACUUGCUGCUAAUACCUUCAUCAGUCAGGGAAUUCCAGUUUAUCUGUUCUCUGAUAUAACACCAACUCCUUUUGUGCCAUACACAGUCACACACCUGAAGCUUUGUGCUGGAAUUAUGGUUACAGCUUCCCAUAAUCCGAAACAAGAUAACGGUUACAAGGUUUACUGGGAAAAUGGUGCUCAGAUCAUUUCCCCGCAUGACAAAGGAAUUUCUCAGGCUAUUGAGGAGAACCAAGAGCCGUGGCCUCAGGCUUGGGAUGACAAGCUGAUUGACAGCAGCCUGCUACUUCAUGAUCCUUAUGCCACAAUCAAUAAGGAGUAUUUCAAAGACAUACAGAAACAGUGCUUUCACAGGAAUAUAAACAAGGAAACAAACUUGAAAUUUGUUCAUACUUCUGUGCAUGGUGUAGGUCAUAAGUUUGUGCAGUUGGCCUUCAAGGCAUUUGACCUGAGCCCUCCUUUUGCUGUUCCGGAGCAGAAGGAUCCUGAUCCAGAGUUUCCCACAGUGAAGUAUCCAAAUCCUGAAGAGGGCAAAGGUGUUCUGACAUUGUCUUUUGCCUUGGCUGAAAAAGAUGGGGCAAAAAUCAUUUUAGCAAAUGACCCUGAUGCUGAUCGACUUGCGGUGGCAGAGAAACAAGAGAGUGGUGAAUGGAAAGUGUUUUCUGGAAAUGAGCUGGGAGCUCUUUUAGGCUGGUGGAUUUUCACUUGCUGGAAAAAUAACAAUAGGGAUACUUGUGCCAUUAAAGAUGUCUACAUGUUAUCCAGUACUGUUUCUUCCAAAAUCUUGAGAGCAAUUGCACUAAAGGAAGGUUUUCACUUUGAGGAAACACUGACAGGUUUCAAGUGGAUGGGCAACCGUGCCAAACAGCUGAUGGACCAGGGAAAAGCUGUUCUUUUUGCAUUUGAGGAGGCUAUAGGGUAUAUGUGCUGUCCUGCUGUUCUGGACAAAGAUGGUGUCAGCGCUGCUGUUAUAACUGCAGAGAUGGCAAGCUUUUUGGCAACCAGGAAUUUGUCGUUGUCUCAGCAGCUGAAAGCUGUCUAUGAUGAAUAUGGCUUCCAUAUUACCAAAGCUUCAUAUUUCAUCUGCCAUGAUCCUAAAGUUAUUCAACAGCUUUUUGACAACCUUAGGAAUUUUGAUGGAAAAAACACAUACCCAAAAUCUUGCGGUAGAUUUAAAGUUUCUGGAAUAAGGGAUCUAACUACUGGCUAUGACAGCAGCCAGCCAGAUCAAAAGGCUAUACUUCCCACUAGUAAAAGUAGCCAAAUGAUAACGUUCACCUUUGCUAACGGAGGAGUGGCCACAAUGAGAACCAGCGGGACGGAACCAAAGAUCAAAUACUAUUCUGAACUUUGUGCACCUCCUGGAAACAGUGAUGUUGAGCGGCUGAAGAAGGAACUAGAUGAAUUGGUCAACGCUCUUGAAAAACACUUCUUUCAACCAGAAAAAAACAAUCUUCAACGAAAGACUGAGUAAAGUAGCAAAAUUAUUACCUUAAUUGUCUUUUUUGCAGCAUUAGAAGUUCAUUAUUUAAGAAGUAAAGAUUUUUAGGACCAAACAGCUGAAAGCUCAGACUAAAAAGACUUCUGCCUUUAUUAAGAGUUACUCUGGGUACUCUUGGAUCUAGUGUCUUAUUUUGGAAGGAAAAUAUCUCUGCCCUUAAAGGACCAAAAAAACCCAAUCAGUUGAACUGAAAGCUUUAUGAACUAAAUGUUGACUGCAAAUGUAUUUCAAUCAAAACUUGUUUUAAUUAAAUAUUAUAAGUGAUAUCCUGAUUUCUGAAAUGCA